AUGUUUCUCCUUACAAAAACAAGAAAUCAUGUUAGUCCAGACUACCAGAAACUCGAAGACAUAGAAACCCGUGAAUCCUCACCAUCAGAUACCGAGACAUUCUACCAAACCAACCAUCGAGGAGACUAUCGUCCUGCAUUUUACGGACUUUCCAUAGCGUACCUCGUCACAGUAAUUAUCGGUCUAUCAUUAUGGAAGCUGGAGUGCAAUCCAGAUUCAAGUGCUACAGGACGCAGCCAAAUAGACAUUCCCCGCAAUCAAAACAUACUAUUCCAAAAAGCAGGCGAACAUGAACUAAAAAGCGAUUCGAAAGGGAUAGACGAUCCAUGGGCUUCACUGAUCCCAAGUAUGACUUUCUCCACGUCACAUAAAGUUCAUUCCUUACUAACACCUGUAGCUGGGAAAGGGUUCGUCGAAGUAGAUGGUCAACACUACUGCAUCUCCAUGUUUCACCAACUCCACUGCAUAGCAGCACUCAAAACAGCCUUUGAGACCAAGAACCUCGACAACGAACACUUGGGCCAUUGUUUAGAUUAUCUGAGGCAAGGCGUCAUGUGCGCGGGCGAUAUGACGUUAGAGCCGCUGUUGCGGUUGGGGACGGAGGAGGUUCAAGUUGUUAAUGGCUGGGGGGUUGAACAUCGGUGUAGGAGCUUUGAGAGUAUGAAGGGGUUUGCGGAGCGGCAUCGGUAUCUGAAUACUACGGGAAUACAUUAG